AUGGACGUUUCUUUCGUGGCGGGUGCCAAAUUUCGAGCCAGUGUUAAAGAGGAAGGCCUUGGGCGACGGGUAGCCCAAAAGGCUUGGACGAAGAAGUACCGAGAGCAGCAGAUGGAUGGCGACAGAGACAUCAACCUCCUGAGUGAUGAUCAGAUACCCCCGGAUCCAAAUGCCCCGCCUGCAGUGAACGGAAAUCAACAUGCCGAUGUUUGCACUGCGUUGUUGGAGUCCGUCCAGUCCACCCGACCGAAACUGGCCAUCGAGGCGAGAAUUACUGACGCCAGGAUCAAAGAUAUGGACCCUUUGAGCAAGGCAAGCUUCAAAGCUGUUAUUGGAUGUCUCAACUCUGUCCAUGGAAAGCAUGAUUUUGACACCAAUUUGGCUCGGCUUCAGGCAACGAUCACACAUGUCGACAAUUUUCUUCCAGGCACUCAGAUCAACGACUUCAUCAGAAGCCAGGAGGAGUCUGAAGUUGUGACUGAGUUUCGGCGUGCAAACCCUGAGAAAGAAGCAGAGCUGGUAAAGCUCAGUCGCCAUCAGUACGCUCUGGAGCACGUGCUAUCGUCGCUUCAGCCAGAACCGUCUAAAGAAGGGCUGCAGUCCCUUUGUGCAACGUUUGGGAUUGCAGAAUGGCCUGAUCUCAGACUGUAUCCUGGCAGCGAGGAUGUUGAGUCCCUCAAGCCCCACCAAGUGGAAGAUGCUGUCAGCACCGUUCAACGUGGAGAGACUUCCUGGCGACAUACCUUCCUUUCAAACGACAUGGGAACGGGCAAAACCAAAAUCUACUAUAGCACCAUCGUCCUCAAUCAAAGACGCCAAGAAGAGCGUUAUAACAUGGACAUGGAGACUCGAGGCGAAUCGGACAUCAGGUUUUACCCAUCCCUUAUUCUCACACCAGUCAAUUCGAUUUGCCAGACCUGGAAAGAGGGCCAUGAGAACUUCAAAAAUCUCGACAUCAUUGUCUACUACAGCACGCCCAGGGAGUUCCCGGAGAGGAAAGCAGAUGUGGUUGAUAACAACAGAUUCAUUAGUCUGUUGAAUCAUUUCGCUGAUCGUGCGCAUGAUCCAAAGAAUGGUCGCGUCGUUAUUAUUUCCACGUAUCCAACAUGGUCCGGCCGCGCCGUUUUGAAGAGAAAGCGACCAUUUGUGUUCAAGGAUGGCAAAGCCCCGGCAUGGGUCAUGAAACAACGAACGAAGGCCAGAGACGGUUCUGAAGCCCAGGAUGAGGAUGUCGAGGAUGAGCAGGAGGAAGCGACCAUCAAGAACUACACCACCAGUGAGCUUAAUAUGGACGAUAUCGAGUUUAUCGCCCAGAACGAAACCAAGGCUGCCGAAAAGGCCGACGCCAAUCUCAUCGAAUGCCUGUCCAAAAAUAAAGCCUUCUCUAAUGCAACAUUUGAGUUUAUUGUUGCUGACGAUGCUCACGUUGCCAAAAGGCUCAACGGAAUCUAUAAUCACAUGCUGCGCCUUCUUGACUGGAAGAAGCUUUUGUGGGUGACUGGCACCCCGGUUCAGAGUUCUUUUAGAGACUUGUUGUCUCCUCUGUCUCUCAUGUGGGCAGCUUAUGAAGAGAACAAGUUCAACGACGGGAAGGAUGUCACGCAUGGCAUCUUCACUGAAGCCUUCUUGACAAAGUUCCCCCAGUUUGCCGCACUCAAAGAUGUUUUCAACAAGUCUGGCGGCAAGUGUCGCCUCUGGAUGACCAACCCGGCCAUUUUCCGCGCUGCUGGUAGUGCAUUCAAUUGGGGAACAGAUGCUGGUCAUCUUGUUGUGCGACCGAUCUACAAGAUGCUCCAGGUUCGCCGUACCAUGAGGACACUGCUCAAAUUGCCGGAUGGAAAGGUGUGCUGUCCUGCUCAGGAUCUACUCCCUUCGACGAUCGUCCUCGAAGAAGUAACACACGACGAAACGAAAGAAAUCGUGGAUGUUGUUCGAAAAAUGGGACAAGAUCAGGCAAGAAAGCUGUUCCAGAAGAAGAUGAAGGAAUCCAGCAUCGAGGAUAUGCAUCGAAGCGGUAACUCUGAGACCAUCAAUCGUCAGAUCAACGACUCUCCUCCCAAGAUGAACUAUGGCGAACACAAAAAGGGUGUCCUGACUUCAUUUGACUGGCGGAACUACAGACUCUUGUACCCAGAUAAUCCGGUCAUAUUUGGGGAGCAAGACGCCGUCAACCAGUGUAUGAAGGAAGUACGAGACCCCAAAACUGUACGGACAAAUUCGCAGAUGGAACGAGAGAACAAGAAGCAAGCGGCAUCAUCACCACCAGUUGUCGGUGUCGACAAAGUCCAAGAACUUCUUCGCGACGACAUCAACGGUGGACUCAACUUCUUCUUUCAUCAGACAAACACCGACCCAUCCCAACUACCACCGAGCGACCGUGCUGGCUAUAUCCACUGGCUCUGCUACACCAGUCCCGUCAUGACGCGGACCUUGGAUUUGAUUCACCAUGGAUUCAAGCGUAAGUGCCAACCCUUGCCGAGCUCGAGCAGGCUUACUUGGAUUCGUUUUUCAAGCGCAUCCGCUUGGAAUUGUGACAAUAUGCUAACUGUAUACGAUAGUAUCGUGGUUCAGCUGUUUACUAUAGCUGGUUUCGAUGUUGUUACCGUUCGCCCCUCCGACAGCUCCAGCAUCAAAAACAACAUUAUUGCCAAGUGGAACGACCCUAGCUCAGGCAUCGAGGUAUUUGUCGCCAAUGCGAGUAACAUGGGUACUAGUGUCAAUAUGCAUACCUGCUGCUGCAGAGGCAUUUUCAUGAACUGGCUUAUGACCGCAAAAGCCAUGCUUCAAAUCAUCGGCCGCCUGAUCCGAAUCAACCAGGCCAAGCCUGUCAAGUUCCACCUCAUCAAGUUGAAGAACAGCUACUAUGACAACAUAGAGCGCAUUUGCGUCACCAAGUGGGCGAACCAGUUGUCUGCAGAAGUUAUGCUCCCUGACUGGAUGACUGAUGCGAUGCGUGAGAUUUGCAUCUUUGAGCUCAUCAAGACAUCCUGGCAUCAGCCUUUCAACCGCUAUGCCUGGGUUGUUGAGCGAGGUGUCAGCGGGCACGAUUUGGAGUAUCAUUCAAACGACAUGAUAGGCCUUGGACACAUUCAGGAUUGGUGGACAGAGAAUGUUGAGUGGAUCGUCGACGGCUGCCGCGAGCUCACGUCCACCUUUGGAUCUCCGGAAGAGAUCGAGGCCCACCUAUCCAGUCGACCCGAGGAGCUUUCCAACCACUUCUUCGAAAGGCUUGUUGCUGCUGUCGCUAAAGCUCGCGAUCGAGGCAGCAAAGAGCGGGGAGCUGCGAGCCGUCACAACCAGACGCGUCGGGGUGUCGAGGAUAGAAAACACGAGCAGCAACCCGGCGAUGAGUUCGGCUUGGGCAGUGAUUCUGAGGAUGAAGAAUCCUUGGAUAUCGGCCACAUGGCCCAGGAGCACGAGGAAUUAGGGCAGGCCGAGAUCGAUGCGCCCUUCUCUGAUACAGCUGGGCCCGAGACGCGGGACAGGGGCAUAAAGCGCAAGGCGAGGGACGAUGGCCGCGAUGGAGGUACCAUCAAGAAGCAGGGCACUGGUACUGACUAG